AUGCGAAGGAUUAAGAAAAAUCUGAAUUUGUCCAGGAUGAAGAUGAUAGCAUUUGCCCUGUUAGCCGGAUGCGACUACUGUCCGGAAGGUGUGCCAAGCAUCGGCAAAGAGAAAGCAUUCCAGUAUUUACGAGAACUUCCCGAUGACGUGGAUAUCUUAAAAAGGCUUCGAAAUAUUGCUACUCUGAAGGAAGAAAAUGCCAGUGAUGGCGAAUUAAACGAAACAACUUCAAAAUUUGAGAAAUUGAUCGCCUCACACAUUAAAAUGCUUAAGAACUUUCCUGACAAGGCGAUAAUCGAUGAAUUUCUUCGACCAAGAACGUGUCCAAAUGUAGAGAUAGGCUCCUGGUACAUGCCUUCUUUCCGCUCCUUUCACAGCUUCAUGAUUCGUAAAGCUCAGUGGACGUCAGAAUACAUAAUCAGCAAAAUUUUUCCGUUGAUCACCUUUUGGUAUCUCAACUAUGGGACGAAACUUGGUUUAUUCAUUGGCGAACAGCCGAAAAUCAAAGGGAUUUUUCGACAACGGGUGCGAAACGGAGUGCCUUGCUAUGAGGUUCAGUGGGAAAGGCUGGAUGAAGACGUUUGGACGCAGAAGGAGUUUUACCUGACAAUCGAGGAAAAAGAGACAAUCGACAAAACAUUUCCUCAUCUUCGUCUGGCCUACCUUGAACGUGUGGAACAUGCGAAAGCAGAGAGAAAAAUCCAAGUUGAGUUUGAUAUUAUGCAUUCAAGGGCGAAGAAAGAUAGAUAA